AUGCCGGAUAGUGCCCAAGACGUCAAUCGCAUCGUCUGCGUGGGAGUAGUCUACAUUGACACCAUUCUCACCGUACCCCAUUUCCCGAUAGAAGAUGAAAAACUCCGUGCGAAGGAACUCACCCGCCGACGAGGAGGCAAUCCCGCGAAUACGCUCGAGGUGUUGACGCAACUAUUAGAGCAUAAUCCCACACCAUCCAAGCCCAAGAAAAAGCCUACUGAGCUGUACCUCUUGUCCGUCCUUCCAGACAAGAGUUCAAACGCUACCACUUUCGUGCGCGAUUCCCUUCCGCAAGCCCAUCUAGACGAGUCCAGCAUCUUCCGCCCCGGCUACACAGACACAGCAUCAAGCUACAUCAUCCAAAGCCAGGAAACCCUCUCACGAACUGUAGUCAGUAUAAAUGAACUACCCGAGAUGACCGCGGACGAAUUUAUUGCAAAAGUCACCCACAUGGCAAUCAAUGAUGAUGGCACUCCGUGGACGAAAGCAUGGUUCCACUUCGAAGGACGCGUUCCAGACAUCACCCUGCAAUGCGUCCAGUUUCUGCGUAAAGAGUUCCCGCAUUUCCAGAUCAGUGUCGAGUGCGAGAAGCCGGAGCGCACUGGAAUGGUGCAAGUCGCUCGAUACGCCGACGUGGUGUUUUACUCGAAGCUGUGGGCGCGGAAAAAUGGGUAUAUGAGUGCUAGAGCGUUUCUGGACGCACAGCGGACGGAGACGAGAGAGGAUGCGGUGCUAUGUUGUACGUGGGGGGCUGGCGGUGCUGCGGCCGUUGAACAGGGAGAUGGUGAGGUGUGGGCGGAUGUUGAGGCGUGGAAAUCGGGGAGUGAAGGGCAAGAGGUGGUUGAUACUAUCGGUGCGGGAGACACUUUCAUUGCUGGUAUGUUGUUUGCGCUCAACGAGUGCGGAGACUGGCCGCUUCAACGGAAGCUUGAAUUUGCUAAUCAACUUGCUGGGCGGAAAGUGCUUCAAGAAGGAUUCGAAAGUCUGGGCAGCAAGAUGUGGUAA